AUGGCUUCCACUAUUAAGGUGCAACCAGAUUUGGAAUCUUUAAAACAAUUGUAUAGGGAAAAUGAAGGUACUCCUAUUAAUAUGUACCCUAUUUAUGCAUUUCUUCCAACAUUGGAUUUAACUCCACACGCUGCAUAUUUGAAAUUAGCUAAAUUAAAUGAUCCAAAUAGAGAGCCUUCUUUCUUGUUAGAAAGUGCAAAGACUAGUACCGAAUUGGAUCGUUAUUCUUUUAUUGGUAUUUCACCACGUAAAAUAAUGAAAUCAGGUCCAACCGAAUCAAUUGAAGCUGAUCCAUUGGUUUUAUUAGAAAAAGAAAUGGAAAAGACUAAAUUGGCAGAAAAUGUUCCAGGUUUGCCUCCUUUAAGUGGUGGUGCAGUAGGUUAUAUAUCGUAUGACUGUGUGAGAUAUUUUGAGCCAAAAACUAUAAGACCAUUGAAAGAUGUUUUACAAGUUCCCGAAUCAUACCUAAUGUUAUGUGACACUAUCAUUGCAUUCGACCAUGUUUACCAAAGAUUUCAAAUUAUCCACAAUAUUAACAUCAAUGAAAUAAAAUUAGAAGAAGGAUACCAAAAAGCGUCAGAUAUCAUUAACGAUAUUAUCAAGAAAUUAACAGACGACUCUCCUAUUCCGUAUCCACAUCAAGACAAGAUUACUUUGGGCCAAACUUUUACUUCAAAUGUAGGUAGAGAAGGUUACGAAAUGCAUGUUUCUACUUUGAAGAAACAUAUUAAAAAAGGGGAUAUCAUACAAGGUGUUCCAUCACAACGUGUUGCUAGACCAACCUCACUACAUCCUUUUAACAUUUAUGGUCAUUUGAGAACUGUAAACCCAUCACCUUACUUGUUCUAUAUUGAUUGUUUGGACUUCCAAAUCAUUGGUGCCUCACCAGAAUUAUUAUGUAAGUCUGACUCUAAAAAUAAAGUCAUUACUCAUCCAAUUGCUGGUACCGUUAAAAGAGGCAAAACAGCAGAAGAAGACGAUAUAUUAGCUGAUCAACUACGUGGCUCUUUGAAAGACCGUGCUGAACAUGUUAUGUUAGUUGAUUUAGCUCGUAACGAUAUUAAUCGUGUCUGUGAUCCAAGAACCACAAGUGUUGAUAAAUUAUUAACAGUUCAGAAGUUCUCACAUGUUCAACAUUUAGUUUCAGAGGUUAGUGGUACUUUGAGACCUGGAAAAACCAGAUUUGAUGCUUUUAGAUCCAUUUUUCCAGCUGGUACCGUAAGUGGUGCACCAAAGGUUAAAGCGAUGGAACUAAUUGCUGAAUUGGAGGGAGAAAGACGUGGUAUUUAUGCAGGUGCUGUAGGUAACUGGUCAUACGAUGGUAAGACUAUGGAUACUUGUAUUGCAUUAAGAACAAUGGUCUAUAAAGACGGCAUUGCCUACUUGCAAGCUGGUGGUGGUAUAGUAUACGAUUCAGACGAAUAUGACGAAUAUAUUGAAACUAUGAAUAAAAUGAUGGCUAAUCAUAAUACCAUUGUUCAAGCAGAAGAAAUCUGGGCUGCAAAGGUAGGUAGUAAUGAAAUUUAA